AUGUUCAUUACUACCCUAAUUCUGGCUUCUGACGAGUCUUUGAAUCCAUAUGCAGGAUUCUACGGGGAAAAAUCACCUAGGUUCUCAGGUCUAUGGAACCAUAAUGCAUGCAUGGAUCUCCUCCAGCCAUUCAAUCCUGUUCCUAAAUUAGUCAUCAUAAAGAGUGAUGUCUUUUUGACAUAUUGGCAGAUUUGUUUCAGAGAUUAUUCAGGCAAGAUCUUUUGGUUGCGAGUUUGUUUCGGAACUUUUUACUUGCAGAGAGAAUUAUGCGUUUUGCAAAUUGUUCCCCUGUAUCUUAUCCGAUGUUUCCUCCAAAUCAUUAACACCAUAUGUGGGAUGCAUGGGAUAUUGUUGCUGAAAUCUGCCUUUCUCAACUUCCAACAUUCCUCGAGGAUCCCAAUGCAUAAUUCUAGUGCUCUUUUCACUAAGCAAUUGACAGUGUUUGAGGUGUGUCUGGAUCAUGGGUCUGAACAUAAGAAACCACCUGAGCAGUUGCCUAUUGUUCUCCAGGUUUUACUCAAUCAAUGCCAUAGGUUUCAUGCACCUGUGCUUCUUGGAAGAUUUAUCGAUAUGGGUCCAUUGGUUGUUGAUUUGGCCUUGUCAGUGGGAAUAUUUCCAUAUGUUCUGAAGCUAUUGCAAACAACCACACCUAGGGAUGCAAACGGGGGUGGAUAUUGGCGGAUACUAAUACAAAAUUCUUUACCAACUGGACAUCUUCAUGCCACUACACUUGCAGAUUAUCUUGUUCACAAGGAUGCAAGCAAUGAGCUACCAAAUUCCCCAUGUGCAAAGAAGAUGACGACACAUUGGUGUAAGAAACAUCCGCUCACCCUUUUGGUAAUUGGCUGGUCCUUAAAUGGGAAACUUGAUUCUGGAACUCCCAGUCUACCAACAUUAGAGUUUAACCAGGUGAUUGAAGGUGAUUUUGGUUCUUGA